AUGCCCGAGAUUGGGGAAGGUAUAGAACACCAAGCGCCUCACGUUUGUCGGCUGAUGCGUCAUGAUAUAGUUGCUCGUAUUGUACAUUUCCUUCGAAAACAUCUUGCGGGUAAAACGUUGGCAAAGGUUGCCACGCAAACAGACGAAAAUGUGUACGGCAAAGUGGGCUGCUCUGCUGAAGCUUUCGAGACAUCUUUGACAGGCAAGAAAGUCCUCGAUGCAAAGCAACAAGGCAAAUACUUUUGGCUCGAGAUGUCUUCGCCACCCCACCCCUUGAUGCAUUUCGGGAUGGCCGGAUGGCUGAAAAUCAAGGGCGAUGAUACCGCAUACUACAAGCCACAAAAAUCCGAGGGGCCUGAGGAAUGGCCACCUAAGUACUGGAAGUUCAUCCUUCAGGCAAAAGAAGAGCCCCGGAGCGAAUGCGCCUAUGUCGACUUCAGAAGGUUCGGAAGGAUACGAUUGAUUGAUUGUGAUGCGUCAGAUAUUCGUCGCGUAGAACCUCUAGUGAAGAAUGGGCCUGAUCCUGUUCAAGAUGCCACUAUAGUGACCGUGAAGUGGCUGAAAGACAAAGUCCAGAGCAAAAGGAUACCUAUCAAAGCACUACUCUUAGACCAGGCUAAUAUAAGUGGCAUUGGCAAUUGGGUGGGGGAUGAACUCCUCUACGAUGCAAAGAUUCAUCCAGAGCAAUACAGCAAUACACUUUCUGAACCUCAGAUUGCCCAAUUGCAUAAGUCUAUGCAUUACGUCUGCAAACUCUCCGUUGAUACUUUGGCCGAUUCCAGUAAGUUUCCAGAGGAAUGGCUAUUCAAGCAUCGUUGGGGCAAAGGCAAGAAAGACAGCAUGACUACACUUCCGAACGGAAAAAGAGUAGAGGGUGACGUGAAAGCAGAAGCCGUAGAUGAUGCUAAUGGUGCUACUGACAAUAAAACAACUAAGAAGCCAAAAGCCGCAUCUAGAGCCACUCCCAUCCAGCAGAAUGGUGAAAAAGGCUCGCCGACAGCCAAGAAGACCAAAAGAUCAAAGCGAGCUGCAGAGUCGCAAGAAGACCUCACGACUUCUAACGGCUUUGCUGACAGUAAAGAUGUAGAAGAGCCAGCAUCAAAGAAGAAGAAAAUAUCUGAGAAAUCCAACAAGAACGAGGCUCCCAAUUCGAACGGUGCCAAGUCAGACGGAAAAGGGGAGGACACUGGGCGAAGGCGAUCUACUAGAGUCAGCGGCAGAGGACUCUGA